AUGGCGAUUUCCUCCUCAUUCCACAAUCCUCACUUCUACUCUCUAAGCAUCUCAGAUUGUAAGAACGUAAUUUUCAACACAUCAAAGGUUGUGGCUCAGAAAAGUGUUGGUGAUGCUUCUACAUUUGUUGAGAGUGAAUUUUCACUGUCAAGUUCAAGUUGGAGUUGGUAUGUAGAAAAAACAGCUCACAGUUGGUUCUGCAAUUGCUUGGUCAGCCAAAAAAUUGUCCCAAAGUUGACUGAGGUGCUAACUGAUACGCAUCCGCAAGUUCAGUCUGCAUGGCAGACAACACUCCAGCAGGAGGUCCAAAAUCUUGCAAAGAAGGCUGCAGAAAUUGUGGUGUUGGUAAUUGAUGAUGAAGGGACUGAGUAUUUGAUAUCAGAACUUCUCAAGUUGCUUCUAUUUCCAUGCUAA